AUGUCUUCCAUUACGAUCGCAACGCUUCCGCGCAUGAGUCGCGAGGCCCUUUCCGCCCUUCUCCUCUCUGCAUCCACCCCCAGCAAACUGGCAAUCAUUGACGUGCGGGACUCAGACCAUAUCGGCGGCCACAUUCACUCCUCAACCUGGAUCCCUAGCUCCUCGCUAGACCACCGCAUGCCCGAACUCGUGCGCACGCUGCAAGACAAGGAGAAAGUUGUUUUCCACUGCGCGCUCAGCCAGCAGCGUGGCCCGUCAGCUGCACUGCGAUAUGCGCGGGAGCGUGAGAGAAUGCUUGGUGGAGACACCGAAGAGAGCCACAAGCAGGAGGUUCUUGUGCUCGAGGGCGGAUUUGUGCAGUGGCAGGAGAAGUAUGGAAAGGAUGUUAGAUUGACGGAGGCUUAUGUUGAGGAUAUUUGGCAGGAGUAUUGA